AUAUACGGUUGGUAAACUGGUAUUUAUCGUUUCAGUUAUUUUUUUCUAUCUGUGAGUUAGAGCUUGUUAUAUAUGAAUAAAAUAAAUUUUCGAAAAUUUUCAGUGAAUUGAGUAAGACAAUAGGGGCAAAUGCCGCUUGCCGGGCCGCUUGCAUCAGAAAUUAUGUCUGUGUGGCUCUGACCCUCUGACUCCAACUCAUAUGCGUGCUCAUAUGCCAUGUACAAUGUCAACAAAACAUGUUAACGCAACGAGCAGGAAAUAAUAGCACGGCUGGAGCCGCAGCUCCUCAGUAUUUGCGAGAUGUAUUUGAUUCAACCAACGAGGCUAUAGCUGUAGAUGGUUAUGCCCGUAUUAUGAUUCUGCACACAGAAUCUUAAACAGUACUGAGAAAUGGCAAGACCAGGAGCAAGAAUAAUCCUUGCAGCCAGGUUCUCCUUCUUCUGCAUGGAGAUUGGACUGGCCAAGUCAUUUGGGGUUCUCAUCCCCGAAUUGGAAGAACAGCUUCAGACGUCGAACGCCAUCAUUGGUCUCAUCACAUCUCUAUCACUGGCCACAAUGUAUCUAGGAUCGCCAAUAUCGAAGAUGCUUAUUCAUCGAUGCGCCCGUCCUCGUAUCUUAACAACUCUAUCCGGCUUUGCUGCAGGAUGUGCUUUGAUUGGUACAGCAUUCACUAGAAAUCUUAUCCUCAUGAGUAUUCUCUUCAUGGUCGUUGGAUUGUGCUGCUCCGUGGUAAAUCUUCAAGCACUUGUUCUCCUACACGAAUACUACCAAGAACAAUUCCCAUUUGCAAGUUGCAUCUCCGUACUUGGUAUCCCGUUUGGUGCCGUUGUCUUACCCCCGGUUACAGAGAAACUCCUGGAGCAGUAUGGAUUGAGUGGGACCCUACUGGUAAUGGGAGCGUUGGUCCUCAACAUGCUUCCAAUUGGACUGGUUCUUAGGGAUCCAAGAAACAGUCCAAGAACUCAAAGUCCGGUGGAGGAGCGAGAGAAGGAACAAUUUAUGCAGGUGAUAACAUCUGGAACGGAAGAAUAUGAUCAAAUAACAUCGAGCGAAAAUAAUGGAGUUGGCAGUCAACAUGAUCAAAGAGAUGACCACUUAAUGAUCAAAAGUGGACAGAGGCAAGCAGCAGAAGAUGAUGGUGUCAUUCAAUGUCAAGGUCCUGAGUUGUCUUCAGAAACUUUUGUUGCAUCCAUCAGGGAUUUAAAGCGUACCCAAGUGGAGGAACCCGAAAUAUACCCGGAUAAAAGGGAUAUGAUCGGACAACUUUCUCAAUAUUCUGCAAGCUCCAGCCUCGUUCGGACAACAGAUGGGUCCAUGGUAUCACCUUGCUUAGCCCUAUUCCAUUUCGACGUAUUGACAAAAGAACCACUUUUUUCACUCCUCUUUCUUCCAAGCGUCCUUCUGACUUUCUUGGUGACAGGUGGGUGGGCUCUUUUCAUUGUCAAAUACGCGGUCGAACACGGAAUCGACAUCGCCCGCGGAACCUACCUCGCUACAUCUGGGGCCGUUAGCGGUAUCGUGUCAUCUGUUGUCAUGUCCAUUGGUCUGCGCUAUCGUCCGGCAUGGAGUCCGCAGUACUUGCUCUGGAAUCAGAUACUACCGACUGCAAUGUUUUUCUUUCAGAUACUUCACUCCUCGUACAUAUAUCUGGUGGUGAUGUCCUUUCUAAUCGGCUUUGGACUCUUCGGUGCUAAUGUGACCGUCGAAGCGGUUAUGUCGGAGAUCGUCCAGAGUAAGAACUUUCCAGAUGCUAGUAGCAUCUUCUACUUGUGUAUCGGCAUUGGAUACAUCUUGUCUGGAUACGUUGCAGGUUUUGUCCGAGAUCAAACCGGUGACAUCGAACUCUUAUUCGUGUUCCUUGGUGUGACGUCAUUGAUAUCAUGCUGUCUGACAUUGGCUACCAUAAUAGUCUUGAGAAGAAAACGAAAAGGGCAAAGCAGUGAUUCAGGUAUCAAUACACGCGAUAAAGGGACAUACAAGGAACCCGUCUCACAACAAUCAGAUGAAAAUGAUGAUUUUCUCUGACGAAUCUGCUAGAAGUUCAUCAAAAAUUAACCUUAAUGAUAGUUCAGCUUCCAAACGCUCAACCAUUCUGCAAGUUACUCAAGAUGCCGAUGUUAAUAAAAGUGCAAUGUAUUUA